GAGCUGGCCACAACGCCUGAGCGCUUCACAAACAAGUUUUCCGCGGAUCAAAAAAGCGGCCCAAAUCCAAUGCUGCAGCGGAGGCGCCGGUAAAAGUGGAGGUUGAAGUGAGCAAUGUUAAAGAGUCCAGGCGUCUCCAAUUGGAGCCCCAACUUAGAGAAUGAGGUUCCUGACAGACCAGAACUCACCAGGAUUCUGAGUUCUUCGCGCACGGGAAGAAUGCAUUGGCAUCGGAACCAGUUUGUGCCGUUGCCCUGCAGACCACCGCCAGCAAAGCUGCCGGAAGAAUUCAUUCCUCCUGAGCACCGACAACACCUCAUUUACUUGGCCUUGUAUAGGGACAAGGUGGACCAGCAUCAGGCAGCCAGGAGCCAGAGCCCUCACAGCCAGAGCGCUCAAAGCAUGCCCGAGGAGGAGUCCAUGGCAGGUUUCUCUCCAGGGAGUGCUGAGCGAAGGCCGCACACAGCCACAGCCCAUACCGCGGCAGUGAAUGCCAUGGCAAGUGGCCUGGAUGAGCAUUUGGAGGCCAAACGCUUGGGCAAGCUUUUCGACGAAUGGGUUGCAACCCAGGACAUAGAUACGGCGUAUGAGAAGAUCUGCUUGCCGAGCCCAAAGGAAGGGAAGAUGCGACAAACCAUGGAGCUGCCAGCUGCAGCCAUUGCACUCGGGGUCAGAGCGAGAAGAACUCCACGGGCAGGCAGCCACAAAAGCUCCAGGGGACGCCCAGAAGUCCAGGAGGUUGCAGAUGCAGCAACGACGCACACACGCCGGUUUGCUGACCGCCGGAAGCUGGAGCGGCUGUGGAAUGUGAUGACAAACCCCAAGGUUCGCUGUGCCAGCUUGUCCGACAAGGUAGGAUACGAGCGCGAUCGCCAAAUGCCAGCACGCAUCGAGGGUAUCAAGCCGUUGAUGCUGUACAAGCUCUACACUGGACCAUGGCGACUUGAUGUCUAAGGAGCGAGGUUCUGCCUUCAAUGCCGCGGAUUUGAAUCAGCCACUGCGUCUGGCUGAUAGUUGCCUGUCUGUGAAACUUGAUUCCUCCUGGCUCGCAUGUGCUUUCCGGAGCUGACUGAGAGGUCACUCCCUACGCACCCGUUCGGACUACAACUCCCACAGGUCACCCAAGGUGAGCUAGCUGGGCAGUUUGAUGUUCCCUAAAUCUGAAACAUUCAGAUGUUUAAUACUAUUGGAUACAAAAUCGAUGAAGAAAUCACUC